AGCCCUCAUAAAGUGAAGAAGUUUCAUGUCUUGUGGGGAUUCAAUGGGAGCACUUGACUGGGAGAGGAAGGCUCGGCGAGAGGAGAACCAGCAGACUUGCAGCACCAUGGGGCUCCAGCUGAGGACUGUGUGCACACAAAGUUUGGAUUGAGAGGACAUUUCUUAAAAGAGAAUGCAUUCACAUGUUUCCCAGCAAGGACCCCACCAGAUGUUCCUGUGGGCAGCUGGUCACGCAGCACGUUGCCAUCCCUCCCGGCGCCAACUCCAUCUCAGAAGCGACUCCACUGGUGCAGAUCGAGACUCUGAAUGAUAAAUGGAGUGUGAUAAAACACACCAGGACCUACCCAACUGACUCCUACGGGAUCAUCGAGUUCCAGGGAGGAGGCUUCAUCAACAAGGCCAUGUACAUUCGGGUUUCAUACGACACCAAGCCCGACAACCUUCUGCAUUUGAUGGUGAAGGACUGGCAGCUGGAGCUGCCCACCCUGCUCAUCUCUGUGCAUGGAGGUCUCCAAAACUUUGACCUCCAGCCCAAACUCAAGCAAGUGUUUGGCAAAGGCCUGAUCAAAGCAGCAGUCACAACAGGAGCCUGGAUCUUCACAGGUGGAGUCAACACAGGAGUGAUCCGUCACGUUGGAGAUGCCUUGAAGGACCAUUCCUCCAAAUCACGAGGGAAGGUCUGCGCCAUAGGAAUAGCUCCAUGGGGCAUCCUGGAGAACAAAGAGGACCUUAUUGGAAAAGAUGUGACCAGGACCUAUCAGGCGAUGGCAAACCCACUGAGCAAGCUGGCAGUGCUCAACAACAGCCACUCCCAUUUCAUUCUCACUGACAACGGGACUUGUGGGAAAUACGGCUCCGAGGUCAAACUCCGUCGGCUGCUGGAGAAGCACAUCUCCUUGCAGAAGAUCAACACUCGUUUGGGUCAGGGGGUGCCUCUUGUGUGUCUGAUCGUGGAGGGGGGUCCCAACGUUAUCUCCAUCACCCUUGAGAGCCUGAGGGACGAGCCUCCCAUACCGGUGGUGGUGUGCGACGGCAGCGGCCGCGCCUCUGACAUCAUAUCCUUCGCACACAAGUUCUCCGAGGAUGGAGGCCUGGUAAAUGAUGACGUCAGAGACCAGCUUUUAGUCACUAUUCAGAAGACGUUCAAUUAUAGCAAAAGCCAGUCCCAGCAGAUCCUGCUCAUGGUGAUGGAGUGCAUGAAAAAAAGAGAACUGAUCACAGUGUUUCGAAUGGGCUCUGAGGGGCAACAAGACAUUGAAAUGGCCAUUCUUACUGCUUUGUUAAAAGGCACGAAUGCGUCGGCAGCAGAUCAGCUCAGUCUGGCUCUGGCCUGGAACAGAGUGGACAUCGCUCGUAAUCACAUAUUUGUUUAUGGGCACAACUUACCAGUGAACUCUCUGGAGCAGGCGAUGAUGGAUGCUCUGGUGUUGGACAGAGUGGACUUUGUCAAACUGUUGCUUGAGAACGGAGUCAACAUUCAUCAUUUCCUCACCAUCCCAAGGCUGGAGGAGUUAUACAACACAAAACUUGGUCCUGCAAACACACUGCACGUCAUAGUUAGGGAUGUCAAAAAGGGAAACCUUCCUCCAGAUUAUCAGAUCACUUUGAUUGACAUAGGUCUGGUCCUGGAGUACCUCAUGGGUGGAGCUUACAGGAGUAACUACACAAGGAAGGCUUUCCGCAACCUGUACAACAAUCUGUACGGGCUAAAAAGGGUAUGGAUGUCUAAAUGA